AUGCCCACGAGUACUGCUAGUCUGCCGCCCUGGGCUCCGGACUGCGGUAUGAGCAGUCGGUCGUCGGCGUGCGACACUCGACCUACCGCAAGACACCACAGACUGCUCCAUAGGCAUGACCCGGCGUUGAUGCCAGAACCCGGCUCCCCUGUUACACCCAGUCCUGCGAGUCCUGCUUUCUACCCCUCGUUCAAGAUUGGCCCUGACAGGGGCUUGGAUCUCAAGAGAUCUUCACAAGGAUCCGCCCCGCGACGAUCCGUCUCCAGCAUGACGGCUCUCUUCCCCUUAACCUUGCUCUCGUCCGCUGCGUCAGCGUCAGCUAUGCCCGACUCGCCGCCUAAUAACCCGCCGGCCGGAAGCGACAUGUUGGGCGUUGAAGAGCCCGUGGCCGACUGCAACUUGCCGGAGCUGCUGGCGAGAGAUCUCCAAGUGUCCGAGGCUGUUUUCCGUUCAAAGUCCAUGACAGCAGGCUGUCCACCCCAGCGUCUCCCUAUUUCCCACACUGGCGGCUACUACUCUUUGGAGGGGCGAGCUGUUUCUCGAACCCCGACAUCGUGCCACCAGGGGCCGGUGGGGGGGCAUUCAUCCCAUCUUUUAGCUGCGGUCGGUGACCUAACUUCAUCUGUUGAUGCGGCGCGCCAUAGUCAUAAUGGGCAAUUCGACUUCGGACCCGAACGCCCCAACUCGGCCACUGAUUCAUCAAUGGGGAUGGAGCCACCCUCCAUCCGAACUCGAUGGCCGUCCAUCACUACAGCGGCCACGUUUGUGUCCGGUCGCUGUUCUUCCCUGGUCUCUCGCAAACCCGUCUCGCCUGCUCUGGCAUCCUCAUCAAAAAUGGACCGCGAUCCUAGCCAAACUUGGUUCGACUUCGACCCCGACGCUCCCGCCGAUACAGAAAACGGUGGGAGCUCAGACUCGGUUUCAUUCACCCCCCGCCCAAAGUCGGCCCUAGGGUUCGACGGAGUUAACGCCAUGGACACGACAAUGGAGACUGCUGAGGCUAACUUCAAGACUGACACUGCGACGACUACUACCCUCGUGCGCUUUCCGUUCAAUGGCGCAAGCACCAGUGAACGGCCGCGGACCGCCUCGGGGCGGGUGCAUAUGGAAGGGCCGCGCAUAGUCGAGAUACAGCCGCACAUUGUCGUUCCGAAGCGAAGGUCGUCGCUGAAGAGGGAACAUCGCCGCGUCGCAUCGACUCCAUCAGCCGUUUGCAAUCGCGACAUGAUGGGCGAUGAUCAUCCCAGCCGCGACGCGCCUUCUCCGCCGUUCUACCCGCGACAUCCAUCUCAAGCGAACACGAUAGGAAACAGUGUUGAUAGUAUUGUCGACCUUGGUGAGCCGUCAUAUAUGGAUUCGUCUGUCGAAACGCCCGAUAUCCACCGAAAGCCACCAACCGCCAGGGUCGGCCCCUGGAUCAACGCGCAACACAGAACAACUGCUGGCUUCCGGCCUUCUCGGGCAUUCCAAAGCAUGUCUCUCCCCAGGAUUCCGUUGCCUCCCGAAGUGAUCGAUACUCUCCGCAUUUCGAUAAGCUGCUUCCCAGAGACGAUGCUCCUCUCGUCCAGCCUAUCGAUCGAGACGAUCCGGACCUACUCCAAAAAGCUCAAGCACGGAGUAAGAUCGAGGCCCCACUCGGGCGGCGACGACGGAGUGUCCAUGUUCUCUUUCUCGGGUUCUAGCCCAAAGUCGCCGAAGCGCUGGAACUUUUCCAAGCUCAUACAACACCGGCGCCCUAGGCAUAGUUUCGAGUUUCAGGCCAACCCGGCAGGGCCUAGCUUUCCCGUGGGUGCUCAAGUUCCUGUCACACCCAACUGGACGUCGAUAAAAAACAUAUUCCCGGCGGGCUCAGACUACCUCUGCGACGCCCUGUACGCACACCUCGUGGCCUACAACUACAUGAGUACGCUUUGCCCACUCCCCCCUAUCCCGGUUCCCGGGCCUGCUCCGCGCUCAAGUCACGGGCUUUCCGGGUAUUCUCUGGAAGACGGCGCUCGCAUUCCAAUGAAGGCUGCAAGCGUGCUGGGGCUGCAGACGCAGGAUGAGGCGAGAUCGAUGGAGCACCCGAACCUGGUGAAUCUGUACCUCAGACGAAGCAAGAGUCGGCGACCUAGCCUCCGAGAGUGGGAACGAAGUUCUAGCAACUCGAGCGGCGCUGGCCGGGAUUCGGGCAGCAAUGGCGGCACUGAAAUGAAGACGAUGCGCGACAUACAGGCUGGGCUUGGACGGUGCAUCACCCUUCUCGUCACGACCCUGAAGCUGACGACGGCCGAGUCGGGAACGGUCGAGUGCAUGCUCCUUCGCGCGAGGGAGCCCGAGAUUCUCGACCCGUUCAUGAUGCGGGCACUCUGCGAGGCUGUGCGUUGCUCCGAGGAAUCUACCAGUUGUUAG